UGCACAUGUGCACUGCCACAUUACCAAAAUGCAAAGUCACAUUACCACAGUGCAAAGUCCUAUUCCGAGAAAAAAAACAUAAAAGUUUUAUUUUGAUACUUUUAUCUAUGUUUAGUCCUAUUUAGGAAGAUUUCUAAAAUAAAAACUUCAAAUAAGGAAAAACCUCUAAUUCUGCCCUAUAAAUAACCCACCGGAUCUGGUUGUCUCAGUUGCCUUGCCUUUCAAUCCCCCUUCCCUCCGGCCAACCGAAACGAUGUCGUACGCGUACCUUUUCAAGUACAUCAUCAUCGGGGACACCGGAGUCGGAAAAUCAUGUCUUCUUUUGCAAUUUACGGACAAACGCUUUCAACCGGUGCAUGAUUUGACCAUUGGUGUUGAAUUUGGUGCUAGAAUGAUCACAGUUGACAACAAGCCAAUAAAACUUCAGAUCUGGGACACAGCUGGUCAAGAAUCUUUUAGAUCUAUUACGAGGUCUUACUACCGAGGUGCUGCUGGUGCACUACUUGUUUAUGAUAUUACAAGGAGGGAAACUUUUAAUCACCUGGCUAGUUGGUUAGAAGAUGCAAGGCAGCAUGCAAAUUCAAACAUGACCAUAAUGUUGAUUGGAAACAAGUGUGAUCUUGCACAUAGAAGAGCUGUAAGCACAGAGGAAGGCGUACAGUUUGCCAAAGAGAAUGGUUUGUUAUUCAUGGAGGCCUCUGCCAAAACAGCACAGAAUGUGGAGGAUGCGUUCAUUAAAACGUCUAAUACAAUAUAUAAGAAGAUUCAGGAAGGCGUAUUUGAUGUUUCAAAUGAGUCGAACGGAAUAAAAGUUGGGUAUGGGGGCAUCCACGGGACAUCCGGUGGAAGAGAUGGAGCUGCCGCUCAAGGCGGGGGUUGUUGCAGUUGAAAGACAGGAGUUGCCGUCUCAUGUAAUCAUAUUAUACUAAAAAACUCUCCGUUGCUGUUCAUCUGUCUGUUUCGCAUUUCCUUCUGUCCAUUGUUCAAAGCUUGUCUUGUCUGAUUGUUUUAGUUACCAUAUGUCCAAAUAUGAAUUGCAUCAGUAUAUAAUGAACUGGUUCGCCCUCCCACUGUGUCAUGUGCUGUGUUAUUUCACACUAUCAAUUGUGAAUAGAAAAUCAUUCGAAAUGAUUAUUGGUUUUUAUUUAGUACUUCUCCGUACUGUGUAGUACUCUGAAAUAACAAACUUCGUAGUACUGCAAAUCU